UGGGGCACAAUAAUCCCAGUAAUUCACUUGUUUGUUUUAUAGUGUAGAGUCAGGGACUGCUGCCAUAUUUGUUGGCUUUGAUUUCAGAGUGUGUGUGUAUGUGUGUGUGUGCGACAUAUUUAUCAUAACCACUACUCAUGUUGAGAACUUGACUCUCAGCAGUUUUAUUGGCUUUGGAGUGUUUGAAGAGUCGCUUCUGUGAGUUGUAUCAGACGCUGCCACGCGAGCACAAUAUCAAAUGUCACAAGGUAAGCAUAAGUCUUGUGUGCGAGCACGUAUGUGUGUGUGUGUGUGUGUUUGUGUGUAUCAUCUCACCUUUGGUAUAUAAGUCCCUGCACAAAGAAGAUUUGCUUUCUGCUUGUUUUAUUGGUAUUGAUUUUUGCCUCAGCAUGACUUGGCGAGAUUUAACCGACUGAUAGGAGCUCUUGUUGUUGAGUCAGAAUGGCCCUGCAGGACGUCUGUGGAUUUCAGGAGACUGAAUGGAGGCACCCAGCUUCUCCUGCUGGUGCCGUGCUAAGCGUUAACCCAGCAGGUGAGAUUAAAGCCGCGUGGAGGGAUCCGUUUGAGAAAGAUGUUGGAAGUCCACUUUGCUUCCUUUUGCCACCUCGGCAAAGCCAAACUCGGAGCGCAAGGAGUUCAUCCUUGGCUACUGUUCCACGCCCUUUCCCCUUGUCUCAUGGCACCACAACGCUAGGCUUCGUCUUUCAGGGUGGAGUGAUAGCGGCGGCUGACACUAGGGCAAGCUGUGCAGGGCUGGUCGAAUGCCCGCUUGCCCAGAAGGUGAUGCCAAUCCACUCGCACAUGGUGGUCACUACAUCAGGCAGCGGGGCGGACUGCAUGCUGUGGGAACGCAUCCUGACAAGGGAAAUACGUCUCUACCAGCUUCGCCAUGGCCGGAGACUAUCAGUAGGAGCUUCUGCAAAGCUGCUUUCCUUCAUGCUCCAUCCCUUCAAGGGCACUGAGGUAUGUGUGGCAGCUACACUUUGUGGGUGGGAUGAGGAAGAAACAAGGCCAAGAAAACACAGUAUGAAGAGAAAAUCAGAUUUGGAUGACAAAGAAAUGGAUUCAAGUGCCUCUGACUUAAGCACUUCAUGGGAAUCAUGGGCUACACCACAACAAGCCAGUGGCUUCCUUGUUGGCUCCAAGGAAGUUGGUGGGAAGCCACCACAAGGUCAAAUCUCAGAAUAUGGAAGUACAGCCGUCUGCCGGUCAGGCCCCAGGGUGUGCUAUGUAUGCAGUGAUGGCCUGGUGAUAAAAGCAGAGGUCAUUUCGGUCGGCUCAGGCUCUCCCUACGCCUACUCCGUUCUCGAUGACGGCUGGAGGUGGUCCAUGGGUGUGGACGAGGCUGUGGUUCUAGCAAGGGAGGCAGUUUACAGGGCCACUCACAGGGAUGCAUACUCCGGGAACAACGUAGACCUCUUCCACAUCACUGAGCGUGGGUGGAGCCGUCGACCCAGAGAGGACCUGAAGGAAGAGUACUACAGGGAGAGGAGGAGGGAGAAGGAGGCGAUGCAGAAAAGAGAGAGAGAAAAACAGGAAAGAGAGGGAGUGAUUUUGACUAAACGCUGAAUAACGUGUACUGUGUGCACUUGCUAGCAGAUGAGGGCAAGAAUUGGGGUUACUGGAUAGUAACAUAAUUAAAUUACUUAUUAAAAUGAUAUUUUUCUGUUUAGUAUAAAAAAAACAAAAAGGCUUUAUAGUCAUGAUCUAAUCCAGAGGUGUCAACCCUGGCCACAUUAUUAACACAGAGUGGAUUCAGAUUUGUAUUCGAAACAACCAGCUGCACACCUGAUUUCACCUGUUUAAUGAGUUGGUCAGUCUUCAAACUGGUAAAACUGAUGAAAACCUGCAGCCACAUCCACCCAGUGUGA